UUUUACUGUGGUAUUCCUCUCCUUUUCCCUCCAUUUCUUUCCCCAAUUCCAACACUCCGUUGGUAGAAGAAGACAAGAGGGAAAAAGGCCUUCGAAUGGCGAAUACUCCUCCGUCCAGGGAUCACCUUAACUGGGCCAAGGUCAGAGACUGGCAAAAAGACUUGGACUACUUGUGUUCCAAUCAUCAAAGUAGCAAGAAACGGAGGACUGCCGUGAAAGAGGAAGAGGAAGAAGAGGCAGCAGCAUGGACGAACGUAUUCGGGUGUUCCGCCAAAGCCAGUGGGGACCCUUCCAAUUUCCUAACCCUAACCGAUGCCGACUUGCUCGAUUGCCCCAUCUGCUUCCAGAACCUAAGCAUCCCUGUCUUUCAGUGUUUGAAUGGGCAUCUGGCAUGCCUCUCCUGUUGCAACAAAGUUCGAAACAAGUGUCCUACUUGCUCUUCCACUAUUGGCCACAACCGUUGCCGCCCGAUUGAGAAGAUCAUUGAAUCAGUGAAAAUAUCAUGCCAGUACAAGAAGUAUGGGUGCACAGAACUGGUUUUCCGCGGUAAGAAAAGUCAUCACGAGGGCAUGUGUAUCUAUGGACCGUGCUCGUGCCCUCUUUCUGAUUGUGCUUUCAUCGGAUCUUUCAAGAAAUUAUCCCUCCACUUCAGCACCGACCAUUCAGGCUCUGCUAAGCGCUUCUGCUACGACUGCACCUUCCCAAUCUCCUUAGAAUUACUACAGAAGUAUGUUAUCCUUCAGGAAGAACAAGAAGGCACCGUAUUUAUCCUCAACAAUGGGGUUCAAAAUCUUGGAAACGUGAUAGAUGUUUGUUGUAUGGCGCCGACCUCCUCAGAGAGAGGGUUUUCAUACAAUCUCCUCGCAACCAGCGGUGGAAGAUCAGUGAAACUGCAAUCUUUUGCUGAGAAUGUUUGUGGGCGGAUCGAACACACUCCUCCGAAUAGUUUCCUUAUGGUUCCAAGUGACUUCUUUGGUUCUUGUGGACAGCUCAAGUUGGAACUUCGCAUAUUGCGGUCGCCGGGGGAACACCUUCUCAGAAUCUUUGAAAAAAAUAUUUUUCAUUUUCAUUAUAUUUGAGUUUGAAAUUACCUCCGUUUGAAAAAAAAUUAACUUUUUAAAAAGUGGAACACCUUCUCAGAAUCUUUCGAAAAUCUUGUAGAGAAUCAAAUAAAGAUUUGAUUCAUAUUUUGGUUCUC